UCAGUAGUCUCAGAUAUACCCCACUUGUAGGUUUGGCCAGUUUUCAAAAAUCCAGUCUAUAUUACACUAAAUCUGGCAAAACAUCGUAAAUAAAUUAUAAAAAAUUGUAGGUUUGUAAAUUAUUAUUUUUUUGAAAUAGUUCGAAAGCUUGUAACAUAUCGGACUUAAACCCAAUACCCGAGAAACGAGAAAAACAAUGUCGUUUAAGAAGAUGCUGUUUGUUUGCAUGGGCAACUCAUGCAGCUCCCCAAUGGCUGAGGCCAUUAUGCAGAAUCUAAUGGCCAAGACUAGCCUCUACUGGGAGGUGGACAGUGCCGGCCUGAGGACCUGGAACACGGGUCGCAAGCCCCACAAGCGCUGCAUGCAGACGCUGCGUGAGCACGGCCUGCGAUCUGACCACUAUUGUCGCCAGUUUGCUGUUAACGAUUUUCAUUACUUCGACUACGUUGUGGCCAUGGACGAGGCCGUGUACAACGAACUGCUAUACUGGGGGGGAGUGAACCGUGCUUUCGAAAAGAACUGCGAAAUAUUGCUGCUGAGUGCUUUUGGCAAAAACGGUCAGCCGGCCGUGAUAUUCUCCCUCUCGCCUACUCGGAAGCUGAGAAACUUCCGGACCGCCUAUUACCAGAUCAAGGAUUGCUGCAAGCAGCUGAUUCUCAGCCAAAAGGUAGACAUUUUUAGGUACGAACUGCCCAGCUCCGACGAUGAUAUUUACUUUGCCAACGUCGCCAACAAUUCGAAUGCUAAAAAAGCCGCAACAGCCGUCGGAAAUGCGAUUCAGACAUUGGGGGACCCUUCCGUCACCGAGAGCCGUCGGGGUCGGGCCGCGAAGAAGGGAACCGGCAAAGAAAGUGAGAUGCACGUUGUCACCCCGGAACUGAGGUCCUCUGGCGGACGGGUGGGUCCACGCACUUCGUAUACGACGAGCUCCCAAAACUCUAGCUAUAUGCCCGGGACCGUGGCACCGUCUGACUACAAUACUAGCAAGAUGGACCACAACAUGCAGUGCAGCAAAAACUCUCGUGGCAUGCAGCGAAAACUGUGCCAAAAGUGCGGACAAAAAUUCCUUGCAGCGCUUUGAACCUUCGGUGAAUAUUGGUUGACUAGUUUUAUGCCAAAACACAAAGAACACAGCACUCUUGACCUUCGAUCACAGUAUGUCGCGUAUAAAUUUGAACGUGAAUGGGUGGGUUAAAAAUAAAUAUGACUGUUAUCUGGCA